CGCCUCCUAGCAUUACACGUUGGUCGGCUGGCUGGGGCGCACCAAGAGGAGCAUGCCACCUCAACGGAAUAUAAAACUUUCUUUUGAAAAAUCUUUAAUGGAGCCACCAGUUGAAUGCGACGUCGAAUAGUUCAAGAGAAUGGGAUCAACAGCCAGUUCUUGCACCUAGUAGUCUUUUCGCCACGAGUCUGAGACUCAUGAUUGCCAAUACGCACGUUGCAAAAAAUGAGGGGUUUUCGUUUGCGGUUUGAAACCGUUUACAUAUUCAAAACAUUGACUGACACCUCGCCUUCGCAAAAUAGAUCAGGAUCCAAGGCAGUCAAAACCGAUGACUUGAGGGAUAUCCACUCCACAUUUUUGAAAACCAAACGGCAUGCAUGCGGUUACCCACACCCUUCUAUCAAGGGCAGACAAAAGAAAGCCAUGGACAAAAUGUCACCAGCUCUCUGGUUGGGAGUCGAACCCGACAGCAUGUAGUGGCCGAUGCACUACCAGAGAAUGAGUCCUUGGCCUUGCGCAUCAUCAGAUCAAGUAAUGAGGGUAUUAUAAAAUGUUGGGUGUGCAGGAGAGUGUUUAGGAAUUUAGAACGAGCGGGUGCCAGGGAGAUGAGUCUUGCAUAAAGUCCUAUCGGCACCACCCGGUCUAGCCCAAGAGUUGAAAGGACUAGAUAUAGUCGUUGAUGCGCU